GCUCGUACUGGCCAGCCGCCGCGCUGCUGCGUCACUAUUGGCUAGUACAGUGCGGCAUCGGCCAAUCACGGGGCCAGUUCUCCAGGAAGUGCCCCGUGCACGUGUCCAUCUGGGCGAUGGUGGCGGCAGCGGCGCUGCGCCGCGGGCUGUGUGCGCUGGCGGGCGGGGGCCUGCUGCUGGGCUGCGCGUUGGCAGCCGGCGAUGAGCGGCUCUACACGGCCGUGAUGCCCGUGCUCCGCGCCCUGCCGCCCGAGGCCGCCCACGGCCUGGCCCUGCGCGCAGCCGCCUCCGGCAUCCUGCCACCUGCGCGGCCCGACAGCCCCGGCCUGGAGACGCACGUGUUCGGGCGGCACUUCCGCAACCCGGUGGGGCUGGCAGCUGGUUUCGACAAGCAUGGCGAGGCUGUGGACGGGCUGUACGGGAUGGGCUUUGGCUUUGUGGAAGUGGGGACGGUGACGCCCCAGCCGCAGGAGGGCAACCCCAAGCCCCGGGUGUUCCGGCUGCCGGAGGACAAGGCCGUCAUUAACCGGUACGGCUUCAACAGCCACGGGCACGACGCGGUGCAGCGCAGGCUGCGCGCCCGCCUGCCAGCGCAGCGCCGCCUCUCCGAAGCGGGAAUGCCGCUCGGCAUCAACCUGGGCAAGAACAGGAGCUCUGUGGAUGCUGCUGCCGACUACGUGGCUGGUGUACAGGUGCUGGGUCCCCUGGCUGACUACCUGGUGGUGAAUGUGUCCAGCCCCAACACACCAGGGCUGCGGGACCUGCAGGGCCGGGCCGAGCUGCGCAGCCUGCUGAGCAAGGUGCUGGCGGAGAGGGAUGCACUGCCCUGCGAGCGCAAGCCGGCCGUGCUGGUGAAGAUUGCCCCGGACCUCAGCGCACAGGACAAGCGGGACAUCGCCAGUGUCGUGUGCGAGCUCGGUGUGGAUGGGCUCAUCGUGAGCAAUACCACGGUGAGCCGCCCCCACGGGCUGCGGAGCCAGCGGCGCAUGGAGCCCGGCGGGCUGAGCGGGGCUCCGCUGCGUGAGCUCUCCACGCAGACCGUGCGGGACAUGUACAUGCUCACAGAAGGCCGCGUGCCCAUCGUGGGAGUCGGGGGCGUGAGCAGCGGGCAUGAUGCACUGGAGAAGAUCCGUGCUGGAGCGUCUCUGGUGCAGAUGUACACGGCGCUGGUGUACCGCGGGCCACCCGCCGUGAGCGCCGUCAAGCGGGAGCUGCAGGAGCUGCUGAGGGAGCAGGGGUUUGACAGCGUGUCCGCGGCCGUGGGAGCCGAUCACCGCGGCUGA